AUUGGGUAACUGGCAGCACCUGCUUGCUCUGCAGACUUCCACGCAGCAGACAGACACGCGUGGCCUCUGGCGGUGUUUUAAGGUUGUGAGAGGGUUGUGUCGAGAGGAAAACAGGCAGUCCUUUAUUUUUUUUAUGAUGCCUCUGGUAAAAUGCUCGCCUCUGCUUUUAUUUGUCGUGUCGUUAUUGAUAGUGAGCUGCCUCAGCACUGACGGAUGUAAUGACACCACAGAAGUCUGCUCCCAGGAAACGGUUAUUUUCUUUAAUAACUCUACAAAUAUCACUAACUUUGCUUAUGGAUUGGCUGCAAACAUGGCGGCUGCAGUGCUGUAUGGAAGCACCUUCGUUCCAGUCAAAAGAAUAGAGACAGGGGAUGGUAUGUUCUACCAUUUUGUGAGCUGUGCAUCAAUAUGGGUUGUAGCUCUUUUUGGAGAUCUGUUGCUGCAGACGCCCAAAUUCCACCCUCUUGCAAUGCUUGGAGGUGUGAUCUGGGCCACAGGAAGCGUAGCUGUGGUUACCAUUGUUAAAGCAAUUGGCCUUGGUCUUGGAAUUUUAAUUUGGGGCUCGGCCAGUCUGUUGAUGGGCUGGGCCAGUUCAAGAUUUGGGUGGUUUGGAAUUGACGCUCAGGAUGUUUCCAGGCCAGUUCUAAAUUACUGCGGUGCUGGGUUGUGUCUGCUCAGUGGUCUGGUGUUUUUCUUUGUGAGAAGUGAUGUGAAGCUACACCCGGAGUCUGAAACGAUUCCUUUACUAAUUGACAGGAGAUCUAUUUCUGGCAGUUUUGCACAACGAUCCUCUGCCUACUGGAUUGACACCAUUGGACCAAAGAUGAGGCGAAUCAUUGGCUGCAUGCUCGCCGUUAUGACUGGCUUGCUGUACGGCUGUUCAUUUGCACCCGUCCUCUACAUAAAGAACCAUUCAACGUGCCCAGACAGCAUAUUUUAUGGAGCCAGUGUCUACGAUCUUGACUACGUUUUUGGACAGACCUCUGGAGUUUUCUUUGCAAGUGCAGUGUACUUUGUCAUCUAUUGUGCUGUGAUGAAAAACAAGCCAAGGGUUUACCCCAGAGCCAUCCUACCAGGGUUUCUGUCUGGAUUGAUGUGGACAGUAGGCACAUACUGCUGGUUCCUGGCUAACAGCUACUUGAGUGCUGUUGUUACAUAUCCUAUUGUCACUGCAGGCUAUGGUCUGGUUGCAGCACUGUGGGGUUCCCUGGUCUUCAGAGAGAUCAAGGGUCUGGUUAACGGCAUCAUCUUCUUCUUUGCAUCCUGUGUUGUGUUGGCUGGCUCUAUGCUGACUGCUGUUUCAAAGCUUUGAAAGCUAAAACAACCCACUGCAAAUGUUCCUUGACCUGCCUUUUUGUUUUCCCCCUUCAUUGACUAAAUUUAUUUUAAAAUAAAUGAUCCCUGAAUUUUUAAAUAAAAGCUAAAUGUCUCUUAAUAGGGAAGAUAAAUAGACAUAUUUGUAACUGAAAAUGAUUUUUAGUCACUUCUACUAAUCUUAAAAAGCCACAUUUGACACUUUAUUCACACCCUUUAAGGGCUGCUGUACUAAAAUAUUGCACAUCUAUUUAAAUUACAAUAUGGUGGAGGUUUUUAUAUUAAUGCUUGAUGAUUGUACUUUGUAAUAUGUCUAUUAAAAUGUAAAUUGUGGCAUUCA